AUGGAUCCAAAAGGCGGCAAUAAGCUUCCGCCGCCGUCGAGGCCGCCGUCCUCUGCCUACGGGAGCGGAGCCCACCGGAGCUCUCACCCGGCGCCGCCGAGGUCUAGAUCGGUGCGCUACCUGUGUCGAUAUGAGUUAGCGGCGCCGGAAAGUAGGUUGCGGAGGAGGCAACCGGCCUGCAAGGAGAUUGUCCGGAGGGCGCUGACGCCGCCGUGCCAGAAGCUGAGCGGGCGGUGGCGGAAUUUCCGACCCACGCCGAGCCGGUUCGCGAGCGUGUCCGUGGCUUGA